AUGGCGGACGCAAUGAAGAAGGACGCAGACGCGCUGGACCGCGUGCUCUUCCGCCUGGCGAGCGUCGAUGACGAGCGCAUGCUGCAAGUGCUGCAGUCUCUGCUGCCGCAGCUUCUGGCGCUUUACCCGCGCUCGACUGCGACGCCGCUCGAGCAGCAGCUGAAGGAGAAGGUGCUACGAGCUGUGGCCCACAUCAAGACGCGUCUGGGCGCACUGACGCGCCCUGCGCUGCCGCUUGACGCGCUGUGCCAGAUACUGCAGCAGUCGGAGCUCUCGGUCGUGUCCCAGAACCUCGCGCUUCUCUUCCUUGAGAUGGGAUUUGAUGCGGCGUCGACCGAGCAACAGACGAGAGUGCUGGCAGCUGUUGUCAAGAUCGUCUCGAGACUUUCAGCUUCUCAGCAGGAGGCUUUGUUCCGGUUGUUUGUGCGUGCCUUGCCUGUCACAGCCUCUGUGGUUUUCCCCAGCACAGAAGCAACAGCUGGAAGCCAAAGAGAGCAACAAGAAGAGGAGACGACGUCAAAAAGCGACGUGACUGACCACGUCAACGAGAGAACCGACGCCAAUGUCAAUGUGAUGCUGGACUUCAUUCUCGAUCUCGUACUGUAUGAACUGCCGUACUCGACGAGUACAAACGGGACGACGGUAUUUGGGUUAACGACGCCGCGAUUCGCGCGAUUGCAACGAGUCAAGAUAUCGCAAUUUGAUCGUGAGGUUUUGUACAAAGCUCAAUUUGACGCUUUGAAGUUUGUCAAGGAGAUGACGGUCCCUACACGAUGUAAACUUCCAGUUUAUGUUGCCGGCAGCGCUUCUUUCCACCACGCAGUGAAAGACUUUAGUAACGAGCAACUGUCCCGAGUGAUCAAAUUCGAGGAGAAAGAGUUGGAGGAUGCUGACGCCGUGCGGCAUCUGAUGGCGUUGGUACUCGGCAGUCAAGUGGCUCAAUCCUCUCGAACGAUGGAGGCUGCAGAUACAAUCAUGCUGACCGACCGAACGCGUCUGGCUGACGCAAGUAUUUUGCAAACGCUGACACUGCUUUUGGCUUCAACAACAGCAACAAAUGUGCAACCUCAGAUGCUGCAACUGUUGUGCCACUUAAUGUUUGGCACAGAACCGACACGACCUGUUGGCGUGGCAAGCAAGAUCAAGCUAGCGAGUGUGCAGUUAUGCCAGCGGACAUUUCACCGCUGCCAGUUAUCGUUGCUUGAGGGCUUGCUUGGUCCUGUGUUGUAUCCAUCCUUGCUACGUUUGCUCAUGAACACUGAUCUCGAGGCGUCCGACGCGGGUUGUCUGCUUGAGUUCCGCCAGGGUGUUUACGAAUCGAUGUCGGUACUUGCAAGCCGUGCUCCCGCAGUGGUCGCAACAUCUGAACAGGCUUUUCAGGUAUUACUUGUUCGUUGCUUUGUCGAAGAAGAGCAUCGAACAGGUGCGGGACCGCAUGCUCUGAAGGCAUUCACUUCUUUAGCUGGCGCCUACACGGUGGGCGCCACCCGUGAAGUACAGGUUAAAGUGAUUCAGGAGCUUGUUGCAGUGCUAAAGAGCUCCAAGCUGUAUGACUCCAGCAAGGACUAUGUACGCGUAAGACGUGCUAUCGCCGCUUGGUGCGCUGAACUGUUGAGCGCUUCCGUUCCGGAACAAUAUGACGUCACUUUGCGGUUCGCCGUCUUGCGACUGGAAGCGUUUCAUGAUGAAGAGACUAGGCGCUUCAUCAACAAAGCUUUGUUCUCCGAACCGUUACCAUCCGCAGCUGCACUCGUGCAAACACUCCAGUCGACUUUCACGCAGAAAGACCUCAAGAUGAGCAUUCAUGACCUUGGAGCUGAGAGUUGUGUCCGAUUUUGCGUCGAAGUUCUGAGAAUCUACCAAGACAGCAGCUCCCAGGACGAGCGGAACUGUGUUGUGGAGUACAUCACACACACGCUUUUCGGGCAAUCCGAGCAGAGCGAUUCUACUGACAUCCGAUCGAGAUCGGUGUUUGAAACAGCAGCAACUGCACUCAUGGACUUGUGCAAAUUUGAUGCAGAAAGUGUGAGUGCUGUACUAGUUUGCCGUGUUAAGGAACUGUUCGACGUUGGGGUCGUCAGCCAAGAUCGCAUCUUUCUAUCAAACAUAGCUGCGAUUGUGAUGUACACUAUCAGGGCUGGAGCGCUCACGGUCAGCCAGAUUGUGUCAGACUUUAUCGUAGCUGGCAUGGACAGGCUGGAUUCGUGCAGCGUUGUGGAAAAGCAACUGCCUGGAGUAGUUUACAUCCUUGGUAGCGUGCUAAGCUCCGUUGAUUAUGACUCCGUGGUGGAUGCUGCUUCGGAGGACGAGCUGCUGCAAAUGUUGUUGUGCUUUCGAAAGAUGGGUGAUCUUCUUCAUUGCAAGGUACAAGAAGGCUCGAUAUUUGCGCUGCAUCCGAUAAGUGAAGUUGCUCAAAAUGAGCAGAUGUUGAGAAGCUUGAUGGAUGGAAUCGGUCUCAGUGGGACGCUGAAGAGUUUCAUGCGGAGCUCUGUGGGUGCUGAGUGGGGUUUGCUAAAGGCCAGAGCGCUUCAAGAUCUGAGUAGAGUCGUCGGGUGGAAGUUGAACGGCGUUCAUUCGGAUGACCGGCUGGGCCUGAAGUUAGUGGCUGUGAAGAAGAUCUCAAUCGAGAAUCUUGGCCGGAGCGUGUCAGGUCUGCCCAAUAUACAGUGUGCUGAUCUACUAAGUGGUGUUCGCGACGCCUUAGAUGCUCUUUUCGAUCUUGACGUGGAGACCGAUGUCGAGCUGCAGUUUCACGUAGGAGAAGCACUUGUGGCACUUGGAACCCAUGAUGUCGAAGAGGAUUUUGCGGUCGGUCAUCAGGCAAAAUGCGCUGUUGUUGCAGCGAAUCGUGCUGUCGCGAUUUUCGAGCGAGUAGUUGCUGACUAUGCCGAGUCCCGACAGCCCAAAAAACGUCGUAUUGCCGCUGUAUGGCUUCUGUGUAUGUGCGCAGCAGGUCUGACAACAUCUUCGCGUAAGGAUGAAAGCACGGUCGUUUAUGCUACAUCGUGGGCGGGUGUGUUUCGAUCUCCUGCCUACUCACACUCCAUUCUUAGCGUGCACGAGUUUUUCGUGACGAUGCUGAACGACGCGAGCGAAGUGUCGAAAGAGUGCGCAGUAAAAGGACUAGCUUACCUGCGACUACACUCGCCAACGGACGAAAUGGGAGCGCAGUUUAGCGAGAGCUUAUUCCGGCGAUUACGAUGCUUCCGGGCGUUUGUGAGUACCAGUGACGCUGUUGACGCCGCUGAAAGCGGUGGACAAGUCGCCAAUCACGAAGGAGUUGGGGACAGGUCAACAGCUGCUAUACCUCCGUCCUCGUCAAGUUCUGUAAUUGAAAAUGCAGCGUACCGAGAGGUCAGCAACGUUGCAGCAGACGUCGGCGAUCCGGAGCUAAUGUACGCGCUUUUGUACUUGAGCACCAACGAUCCAAUUUGGGAGUCGCUGGCAAUAUCGAGCGCAUCAAGACCGGUGAUGAGAUCUGAUGUGUUUUCUUUUGUCACUACUGACAAGAAACUUCGUGCGUCAAUCGUUGAGAAAGCUGGUACUCAGUGGAUGGUAGAAGAUCACUCUAGCAAAACGAAGCUCGCUCCGUGGUUGUAUCUGCUGAAAUUCCAUCCACAUAGCAAAGUAGCAGCGGUCAUGAACAACUUGUGGGAAUGUGCAAUGGGAAACUCUGCAAGCAUUGCAACGGCGAAGGGCGAAAAGACGCUGAUACGACAGCGUUGGGCUCUUUUCUUUUGCUUUGCAUUGGGUCGACUUGAAAACGAUCGGAACUUUAAGUAUCGCGUAGCCGCUUGUCUUGCUCUUGUUGAUUUGCUAAAUGGAGCCGAAGCCGACAAUGUAAGCGAUAACUUCUUACGAUUGUGGGUUUGCGCAUCACGAGCGGUAGACGAUGUCGUGGAGGCAGUCGCCCUUGCAGGUGUGAAGCUUUAUCGAUACUUGGGUGAGAUGAGUUUGCGCAUUGCAGUGAGUGAUGCAGCGUGCAGUUCGCUGCUCGUCAAGUUCUUGGUUGAGGACGGAAUUGUGAGCAAAAACAGUGUUUGCCGCGCGUUGAGCAUCGACGUAUUGAUACGCCUGGUGAAGACACUGAAGGCGUGCGACAUUCAGGACCGCCUAGCACCGCUCUUGCUGAAAUUGUUGGAAUAUUUGUCGUCACUAGAGAUGCCAGAGCUGCAGUACGCUCAAUUUCACGUAGAAAAGAAAGACCAACUGGAGCGUUUGCGCGUUUCGAUCAGCCAGGCAGGACCUGUUGGCCAACUCCUGGACUUGGCAACAGUGCGGCUGAAGGAGCUCGCUGGAAGUACUGGUUGUGUCACUGUCGUCGACGAACUCGCUCGUGGUGUGGCGAACCUGUUGAAGUUCGGUGUCGGGCUUAACACGCGCGUGGGUACUGCCAAUUUUGUCAUCACACUUGCGGGCGAGCUUCCCUUUGAGCUCCGCAAGUGUAACGGAGCCGAAUUGUUGUUGCGCCGCGUUCUGAUUCCGUAUGUGGGCAUGAAGACAGCAGCCGAGAAUGAUCAGUACGGGGACGAGGAGAGUCGAUACGGUGGAACAAGCAGUAGUGCCUCCAUGGAAGAAGAGGACUCGAGUCUGGCCGCGACAUCGGGGUUGGCCGAUGGACUAGUUAUUCAGAGCUACUGCCGAGCUGCUGCAUACUUAUGCCCGCUAGUCGAUACUGGUACAGUUCGUGAUUAUGUCCGGCGUGGUAUCUUUGCUUGCAGCACAUCAAGCGAGUCGGGCAGUAAGACUUCCAGAUCUUCUGGUUUCGAGACUCGCAGCGAUGUAGAAAUGGAAGACUGUGGUGAGACAGAGGGCGCGCAACUGAAGUCCCAUCAGGUGUUUACUAGCCGAUUUUUGCUGAUCAGUGCUCUAGCAAUGAAGGAGCUCGUGAAGAAGGUGCCACCGAUCGCAGACGUAGACACCGUGGUGAUCAACGACAUGCGUAAUACUUGGUAUUGCACGCACGCCUUCCCAGCUGCUUUUAUCGGCCAGUUUGCUGCAGCGGACGCCUUGAAGAGCUCGUGGAAGGGUGUGUUAGACGAGCUACCGCCUACGGUGCUUUACUCAUUACGGUCACUGGAUGCUGCACUGCAAGCCAUUGCGCUGCUACUGGCACAUCCUGCCUGGGACACGCGACGACAAGCUGCUCGGGCUUUGCAGGCGAUUUUUGCGAGUGCCACGCACCGUUCCAAACUGUCUGUCGAGCAAAUCGACCGCAUCUGGCGUGGGCUGCUUGACGCUGUGCCAGGCCGUCUUUGGACAGGCAAGGGCGUCAUUUUAGAGUCCAUCAUCUCGCUGGCGGCCGUAAAGAUGGCGAACAAGGCUACCGACGUUGACAGCAAAUGGACUGAAAAGCUGUCGCUGCUUCUUAUUGAGGAAUGUGCUCGCGCGUGGAAGAACCAGGACUUGGCGUAUCUUGAGAGUGGAAUUGUAAAUCUCGGGAAGUUUUCUGCGUUGCUGCCGCCUGAACAAAGCGAUUUGCGUCAUUCGAAUGUGCGUUCUCUGAGAAGUAUGUUUGCCGGGUGGAUGACCGGGCACGAGAUGGAGUCAUCCGAGUCUUCCUCGCUGUCGUUCCCGCCAAUGCUUAUCAAGUGCGUGUUCGAAGCGCUUUCGCUGAUGUGGCCUUCCUUGACAGCAGCUCAAAGAACAGCGAGUACCGGGGAUGCCGAGACAAGUAUCGAAACCAUGCUGUGGCUUUGCGCAAACGUGGAAUCACCGCAUUUGGCCGCGUGGAGUGUCCGCAAAGCCAUUUUCCAGACUUUGGCUGUAGUUGCGGAGCGUGCACCUCUUGAGGCACUUGCUGGUAGCAAUGGUGUUGUCGAGCGCAUCGUCGAUAACUGCUGUGGGCCGUUUGGUGUGGCUGAUGGGAAGUACUCGAUGGUUCGUGUUGCCGCCGCUGGAGCUCUUGUGGCGCUGCUAAAGCGCGCAGCGGGUACUCCGGAUUUGGCGUUGAGACUCGUCGUCCAGCGAGAGCGGGUGUCGACAGCUGUGCAGACCUUGUUGGCUAGUGAAGAAGCGUCGGAGCAACAGGCAGCUUAUAGCCUGAAGUCGCAAGUAUUGCUAAUGCCUUGA